CAGUCAGUACCCACUACUCAGUAUCCAUAUUCUAUAUCGUUUUAAACGUUACGCGGCCGCUGACAUUUUAUGAUUAUCGUUUUUUUCACGAUUUACCCGAGUAAAGUGUCUGACAACUUGGAACAAAUGAGAUCUAACCGGCAUAUAAAACGCAUAAAAAGAUAACUCAAAAAUGGAUUCAUUAACGAUUAUUUUGACGACCAUCAUACUUCACAAAUUAACUAAUGUAGUGGAUUCAACUACCAUUUGCGAUAACGACAGUGCUUGUAAUUGUGUCAAUAACACCGUGUCAUGUACUAUGUUACAACAAGACGGAGUAUUUGUCCUCCCAAACGGCACAGAAAUUGUGCAUUUCGACAACGUUCCAAUUACAAUUGUCAACAACGGCACGUUUACCAAUAGGAAACUGCAGAAAAUUACAUGGGUGGCAAGCAAAAUUGAAUUAGUUGAAGCCUUAAAUCAUAAAGAUCUAAAGUAUUUAGAUUUAUCUAGAAACAAUAUUUUUAAAUUGUCAGAUGAUGUAUUUCACAACUGUCUCCAUUUAGAGUAUGUAGAUUUGUCUGACAAUCAAUUAAAUAUUUUAUCAGAUGAUUUAUUUUUACACACUAGCUCAUUAAGAGCGAUCAAUUUGGAAAAAAAUAUUUUUAAUUCAAUAUCAAAAAAUUUGUUCAAACAUACCAUCAAUUUAAAAAAUCUUAGUAUAGGAAAUCCAAAUUUAACUUUUCUAGAUAAAAAUGCAAUGACUAACUUGUACAAACUGGAAUAUCUUAGUAUUGAAAAUUGUGGGAUAAGAAAUCUCAAUCAAAGUUCCUUUGGUGUUCAUGUAUAUCUAUAUAGUAUCUUACUAAAUAACUGUACACAUUUAACAUCAAUUGACAAUGAUUUCAUUAAUUCAUCAUUAAACUUAAGAAUUAUAGAAAUCAACAAUUGUGGGACAAUUGAAUCCUUACCACCCAGUAUUGUUUCUCUUAAGAACCUACAAUAUUUACGGAUGUCAAAUACACAAAUUCAGCCAAAUUGUCAAAAUGGAUGGUUUAGCCAAUGGUUCAAUAAUGAAACAACUACUGUAGUUGGCUAUGAAAAGUAUUCAAAUUUUAUAGAAGCACUAAAUGAAAUUAACUGCCCACCAAAAAUAUACUAUACAAACAGUCCUAUUACAUUACAGUUAACAAAAAAAGGUAUCAUUAAUUGUAUGGCUUAUGGAAAUCCACUUCCAGCAUUUACUUGGCUAGCGCCUGGUGGAUUAACGUUUCAUGAAAAUAAACAAGCUGAUAUGGAUAUAGCAAACCACCCAAACAUCCACAAUUGGGAUCUAAAUCAAAUAGUUAGUCAAUCACUUAUAACUGACAAAAAUGGAUCUUUACAUAUUCUACGAAUGCUAAGAACCCAUAUUGGUAAUUAUACUUGCUAUGUAUCAAAUAAAUAUGGAAACAGUUCUAAAACAGUGGAAGUACAUCUAGACAGUGGAGUAUUUUUCAAUAUAAAAAUAAAUGCACUAUUAUUGGGAAUAUCAUCAGCAUUAGGAUUUUUAAUGCUAACUAUAUUAUGUUGUGCUUUCAAGUUAUUAUUAAUAAGACUGAAUUGUAUGAAAAAAAGAAGUCAACCAACAGAAACAGAAAUGGGAUCUACAGAAAAACCAAAAAUUUUUCCAGCAAAUGUUUAGUUAUAAAUAAUUGUUACAUGAAAUUUUUCUUGUGGUCAAAUUAAACAGUAUUUUGACUGAGAGCCAGUUCUACUGAUAGAAGAGAAAAUUUAAAUUGGAAUUUACUAUACACAAAAAAUUAAGGUUUGGUAUAUAA